UCCGUAGCAAUGGCAAGAACCAAGCAAACUGCCCGUAAAUCCACCGGAGGCAAGGCUCCGAGGAAGCAGCUCGCCACCAAGGCUGCGCGUAAAAGCGCACCAGCAACCGGUGGAGUUAAGAAGCCUCACCGUUACAGGCCUGGCACUGUGGCUCUGAGAGAGAUCCGUCGGUACCAGAAGUCCACUGAGUUGCUGAUCCGCAAGCUGCCCUUCCAGCGUCUGGUCAGAGAAAUAGCUCAGGACUUCAAGACUGAUCUGCGCUUCCAGAGCUCUGCUGUUAUGGCUCUUCAGGAGGCCAGCGAGGCUUACCUCGUCGGUCUGUUUGAGGACACCAACCUGUGCGCCAUCCACGCCAAGAGGGUCACCAUCAUGCCCAAAGACAUCCAGCUGGCUCGUCGUAUCCGUGGGGAGCCAAAGUCCCCCAAGAAGAAGGCGCCCCGAGCCAAGAAAACUGGUCCAAGUGUGGGCGAGCUCGUCGUCAAGGCGAUCUCUGCCUCCAAGGAGAAGAAAGGAGUCUCCCUGGCUGCUCUGAAGAAGGCUCUGGCGGCUGGAGGAUACGAUGUGGAGAAGAACAACGCUCGUGUCAAAAUAGCCAUCAAGAGUUUGGUAACAAAGGGAACACUGGUUCAGACUAAAGGAACUGGUGCCUCCGGCUCCUUCAAGCUGAACAAGGCAGCGGAAAAGAAGCCCGCUAAGAAGGCGGCUCCCAAAGCCAAGAAGCCAGCAGCAAAGAAACCUGCCGCGGCCAAGAAGCCCAAGAAGGCAGCAGCUAAGAAGCCUGCGGCUGCUAAGAAAUCUCCGAAGAAAGCACCGAAGAAGCCCGCCACACCGAAAAAGGCAGCAAAGAGCCCGAAGAAAGCUAAGAAGCCCGCUGCACCCAAGAAGGCAGCGAAGAGCCCCAAGAAAGCGAAGGCAGCGAAACCCAAGGUCGCCAAGCCUAAAGCUGCCAAGCCCAAAAAGGCUGCACCCAAGAAGAAACUGCUGCGCAAAGGCAACUAUGCACAGCGUGUCGGUGCUGGUGCACCAGUCUACUUGGCUGCCGUGCUCGAGUACCUGACUGCUGAGAUCCUGGAGUUGGCCGGUAACGCUGCCCGUGACAACAAGAAGACUCGUAUUAUUCCCCGCCAUCUGCAGCUGGCUGUGCGUAACGACGAGGAGUUGAACAAACUGCUCGGCGGAGUGACCAUCGCUCAGGGUGGUGUGCUGCCUAACAUCCAGGCUGUGCUGCUGCCCAAGAAGACUGAAAAGUCCAAAGUAGCAAUGGCAAGAACUAAACAGACAGCCCGCAAAUCUACCGGAGGCAAGGCUCCGAGGAAGCAGCUCGCCACCAAGGCUGCGCGUAAAAGCGCACCAGCAACCGGUGGAGUCAAGAAGCCUCACCGUUACAGGCCUGGCACCGUGGCUCUGAGAGAGAUCCGUCGUUAUCAGAAAUCUACUGAGCUGCUGAUCCGCAAGCUUCCCUUCCAGCGUCUGGUCAGAGAAAUCGCACAGGACUUCAAGACUGAUCUGCGCUUCCAGAGCUCUGCUGUUAUGGCUCUUCAGGAGGCCAGCGAGGCUUACCUCGUCGGUCUGUUUGAGGACACUAACCUGUGCGCCAUCCACGCCAAGAGAGUCACCAUCAUGCCCAAGGACAUCCAGUUGGCACGUCGUAUCCGUGGGGAGCGUGCUUAAAUUAAUCCCAAGUCAGGA